CUGUGUUUCCCAAAGCAACAUCUUAGAGAUUUUGCUGUGCAGGAAAAUGAGGAGGAGACUGAGACCUGGAGAAAGCCAACCCUGGGAGACUAGUAGUGGUGGGUCUGACUCACACUUGGCAGCAGGCAAAGUCUGGAUGCCAGGUCUUGAGGAUGUUAGGGAAGAUAUAAUGUUUGUGAGGUGUAGAAAAUAUCACUGGGAAGAGUUUGGUUGCUUGCUGUAGGCUGGGAUGUACUGCUGGGGAGCACAGCACCAAAAUGACCUCUCUAACCACCAACACUGUGUGGUAGGAAUGGGCCAGAGGCACCACCUGCUGCUAGCCCGUGGUGGAGCCUGGUCCCAGCUGGCAGAGAGAGGUCCUGCAAGAACCAUAGCCAGGAAAGGGAAAAGGAGCAAUUCUGUUGGUGGAAACAUAAUUAGAAUAUAUGCAGUCAAAAUAAAGAUGCCUGUUAAAGUCACAGUUAAAACUUUUGGAACUAGACUGGAGUGUGCUAUGGCUCUGUAGUGGUGGGCUGUCAUCACACACAGUGUGGGCCCCUACAGGACACCCUCCCACAGCAGAGUAAAACCACAGCAGAUAGGAGAAAUCAGAUGUAGAAAUAAGAAGACAUCCUUUAAAAAGUGGAAGUUGUGCCCAAAUCGGGAAGUAUGAGAGGUGAAAUCUUCAAGCUGCUGAAUGCUCCUCACAACUGGAGCUGUCUUCUCCAGCCCUGACUUGAUUCUUCUUGGGCCCCUUUUCCCCAUCAGCAACGACUGACCAUACAUUGGCUAUGCAUGCAGUGAAUAGUGCAGGCUGAUGCGCUGCCAGCACUGGAGUGCUUGGUUCAGCAGGGGAAGGCUCACUGGUGACUGUCUGGCAAUGCCUCUUAAACCUGCAAAACAAUUAACAAGUCCCAUGUUAAUUGUCUCUCAAAAAAAAAUCUAAGAUACCAUGUGUUUUUCAGUUUAGUGCCUUAAAAAGGUUAAGAGAGAGUUGUCUAGAGCCAGAUCCUCUCUACUUGGGGUGUGAUAGAAGGGGAAACCACAGCCUGUAUGGCAAAAUCGGAAGGCUCAAAUAACCACAUGGCCCCAAGCUGUGUCAUGGCAAGAGCAGCACUGGUAUCCUCCAUUGAGCAGGGAGAACCUGCCCAUUCCAACAGCCUCCCCAUGAGGCAAAAACACCAGAGGCAGACUGGAGCCAGAGGGGAGAGUUGGCUCCCUACGUCCAGACCUAAGGGUACCACCAUCUCUCCAGGGCACCAGUUUUCCAGAUUCCCCAGAGCUGGCCUCGUUCACCUGCCAGGCAGCUCUGUUGAAGGUCAAAGUGGGCAGAAGAAGGUGUUUUGGGCAGGUCGGGUUCAGCUUUGGCUUUGGUGCAUGGGCCGGCUGCAUUUGGGGGAAGGCACCCGCCCACAAGCUACCGCUCUGGCUUCCUCCUUUCUGCUCCAGCCAGUGCAAGGCAGAAGGAGGAAGGACCAGCACCAGAGCUCCUGAUUCUCAGCUGCUGCUCCCAGCUAGGCAGUGCAACCACAGGGCUUCCAGCCUCACUGCAGUUCCAGAAGAGGAGCCGAAGGGAAGGCUUGAUAAAAUGCCACGUGACUGCUGCCUCUGUCUGCCAGCAAUGACCUGGGUGCUGCUGCUGCUGACAACAGCCUUUGCUGCAGAGUGUCCCAAGAUCAAGGUGGGGACAUGCAAGAACUGCAUCCAGUCUGGCCCUGGCUGCGCCUGGUGCAAGAAGCUGGAUUUCACCAAAGCCGGUGAGCCAGACUCCAACCGCUGUGACACUGUAGAGCAGCUGCAGCAGAGGGGAUGCCCAGAGAACGAGAUUGAGUUUCCAGUCAAUGAGAUCAAAAGGACACAGGACAGUGCAUUCAGCAAUAAGAUACAGCUGACUCCCCAGGAGGUGCAUCUGAAGCUGAGGAUAAGGGAGCCUGCUGAAUUUCACGUGAAGUUUCGCCGCGCCACAGGUUACCCCAUUGAUAUCUACUACCUCAUGGACCUCUCCUAUUCCAUGCUAGAUGACCUAGAGAAUGUGAAGAAGCUAGGAGGAGAGCUGCUUAGAGCCCUGGAGAACACCACACCCUCUCGCCGCAUAGGUUUUGGUUCCUUUGUGGACAAGACAGUACUGCCUUUUGUCAACACACACCCUGAGAAGCUGAAGAACCCUUGCCCCAACAAGGACAGUAAUUGCCAGCCCCCCUUUGCCUUCAAACACAUCCUCUCACUGACCGACAAUGCUGAGAAGUUUGAGAGUGAAGUGGGGAAGCAGUUCAUCUCAGGGAACCUGGAUGCCCCAGAAGGAGGGCUGGAUGCCAUGAUGCAGGCAGCAGUGUGUGGAGACUUGAUUGGCUGGCGCAAUGUGACCCGACUGCUGGUGUACGCAACUGAUGAUGGCUUCCACUUUGCUGGUGAUGGCAAGCUUGGGGGCAUUUUGACCCCCAACGAUGGCCAGUGCCACUUGGAGGACAACAUGUACAAAAAGAGCAAUGAGUUUGACUAUCCCUCUGUUGGCCAGCUGGUCCAGAAACUUGCUGAAAACAACAUCCAGCCGAUUUUUGCUGUCACCAGCAAGAUGGUGGAUGUUUACAAAAAACUCAGUGAAAUGAUCCCAAAGUCAGCAGUAGGGGAGCUGAAUGAGGACUCCAGCAACAUCAUUGAACUCAUCCAGGUGGCCUACAAUAACCUCUCCUCACGGAUCAUCCUGGACCACUCAACCCUGCCAGAUGUCCUGGAUGUCAAAUAUGACUCCAUUUGCAAUAACAGCACAGGAGCCAAGAAUGAAGCAAGGGGGCAAUGUGACAAUGUUAAGAUCAAUGAUGAGGUCACCUUCAAAGUGAAGGUCACAGCAAAUGAAUGCAUCAAAAGCCAGUCCUUCACCAUCCGGCCACUGGGCUUCACAGACACGCUCACUGUGCUUGUGGACAGCAUCUGUGAAUGUGACUGCAGACAGCAGCCUGAUCCAACUGCCUGCAGUGGAAAUGGUGAGGUCAUCUGUGGGAUCUGCAGUUGCAAUUUGGGCUACACAGGGAAGAACUGUGAGUGUGACACCAAAGGCAGGACCAGCAAAGAGCUGGAGGGCAGCUGCAGGAAGGACAACAGCUCGGUCAUCUGCUCAGGGCUGGGGGACUGCAUGUGCGGGCAGUGUGUCUGUCACACCAGUGACGUGCCCGGCAAGGAAAUCUACGGCACCUUCUGUGACUGUGACAACAUGAACUGCGAGUUUCACAACGGCUCGCUGUGUGGUGGUGAGGAGCGUGGACGCUGCGAUUGUGGUGAGUGCAAGUGCACGCCCAAGUACGAGGGCAGCGCCUGCCAGUGCAAGAAGUCGACUGAUGGCUGUAGGAAUAGCCGGCAGAAUGAAUGCAGCCUGCGUGGCUCCUGCCACUGCAACCGCUGCCAGUGCCGGGGGGGCUACCAGCCCCCCUACUGUGAGGAGUGCCCUGGCUGCCCCUCACCCUGCGGCAGGCACAUUUCCUGCGUGGAGUGCAAGUCCUUCUAUAGUGGGCCACUGAAAAAGAACUGCUCUGUGGCCUGCACCAACAUCCAGCUGGCUGAUGAGCCACGGGCAGGGAGCCGGCAGUGCAAGGAGAAGGACUCUGAGAACUGCUGGAUAUCUUUCUACAUGGCCCAGGAUGAUGGGGAGGAGAUGUACACCAUCACUGUUGACCCUAAGAAAGAGUGCCCGGAGCCUCCCAAUGUUGCACUGAUUGUAGGCAGCACCGUUGCUGGCGUGGCUCUCAUUGGGCUGCUGCUCCUGCUGAUCUGGCGGCUCUUGACGGAGAUCUUUGACCGCCGAGAAUACCGCAGGUUUGAGAAGGAGAAAUCCAAGGCUAAGUGGAAUGAGGCUGAUAAUCCCCUAUACAAGAGUGCUACCACCACCACCGUGAAUCCCAGAUUUGAUGGGCAAUGAACUGGAGUGAUGCCUGGAAGCACUAGGGCCCACCACUAAAUAAGGAAACACCAAACAAGGAAAUCUCAGGCUCUCACCUCUUCUUUAUUGUGUUGUUUUUAACCCUUCUUCCAAGAGUCCACCAGUAGCCAGGUGCUGGCUGAGGGGCUGCACAGAACCUGUCCUCUCAUCUGGUUGCACUGUGGGAGUAGGGAGCAGCAGUGCCACAGACACAGCUGCAGAGCAGCUCUCACCAACAGGCACUCACCCCCGCUCCAUAUCAGUUUCCAUCUGUUCUAGCUCCUGGUACUAACUUUGCUUUGUGGCAGGACAUUCAGCCAGGUCCCAUGGGACUUAGUGCAGAAAGUGCUCUCAAUGUGGAGUUCAAAACUGCUAUUUCCCUUCUGCUCUAGCAGGCUCCACUCCUAGGCUGCUCCAUGCCCUCCUGCUCUGCUUUGUAUAGUUACACUUGCAGCUCACUUCUAAACUACUCACUGCUGAGAUGGAUGGGGAAGGCCCCCUAGGCAGGCAGUUUGCUCCUUGCUGUGCCUGAAAAUGAUGGACAGCCACAAAACAAACAGUGAAUCUUAUUUCUAAAUCACCAGCUGCGUCCCAGUGUUACUUCCCUCUUAGACCUACCUCAAGCUCCUCCAUGUUUCUACCUGGGCUUACAUGAGCUUGGCUUACAUCCACCAUGCACAUGUACAUGGCACAGAAGCGAAGGAGCAGCAGAUUGAAUUGUGGAACGUCAGCAUCAGAGGCGCUGAACGUGUGAAACUGCUUGCAGCUUUGAGCUCAACCACAGCUUCUUCUGCCACCUCUAGGACCAGAUCUCUUCCCUACUCUGUGACUCCAUCAGACUUGUUGAGGAUCAGCAAUGCAAAAGACCUGGCAUCACACAUAAAAUCCCCAGCUCAGUGCUUUCUCAGAUCCUGCAGAAGUUCCUUUUGUGUUAUGGGUUCAUUCUUUUGAAAUACACCUACAAUUGUGUAUUUGCUUCAAGUUUGGGAAUAAUUUGCAGGUAGUUUUACAUCCAGUCUCCGUUAGCUUUAUGAAUAUGUUCAAAGUUAAUAGAAGUUUAUAUAUAAAGUAAAUACAUCUGCCCUGCUCAGGCUCUAGGACAGCAGCUGAAACACUCACUGAAAAACUACAGCAAAUUCCUGUGGUGGCUGCCAGCAUCUACCACAGAUACAGUGCUUGGAGAAUGUCUGGCCAAAGCAACAUACUGUUUUCUAUGCUAAUUUGCCAGCUACAUCUUGAUAGGUGCUCCUUUGCAAGCCAAAAAGAGCUCACAAAAUGAUGCAAACCAGUUCUUACCAGUGCCUGCGCUCUGGCAGCUGUACAUAAAACAUGUUAAACAAGAGUGCCUGUACAUUGUCCGAUGAUAGAUUAGUUUGGGCUACUUAGCCAUUCUCCACCAUCAACUGAGAGUCUGGGGCAGAGGAAGAGCAGAAGCAACUCUGAUACUUCCCACAGUACUAUCCCAGCCUGCAGCUGUUUUUCACUCCAGGACCCUGACCUGGUGCAGCUCUUUUGCACCUCACAUCUGGCUGCCCAGUGACACCAGCAGCAUUCCUUAGGGCACCAGCUCUCGGAGGCAGUGCUUGUUGCCAAUGACCCAGACAGAAACUGUUCUUACUUGGACAUAAUGAGAGAAUCUCCCCCAUCAGUGGCGGCAGGUAUUACUUCUGGUGUAAGCUGUGUAGUACAAACACAAAUGUGUACAUGCUUAGCAGGACAAUUAGAGAAACUGAAUGAAGGACUCAGGCAUAGAGAUCCAGACUGUUUCAAAAGGAAGUAUGACCAGUAAUUGAAUUAGACAGAAGCAUGUGUUAGGGCAUGCACAAAAGCCAAGGAGGAAAUAGGUGAGCUGUGAGGACCCUUCAAGGCCCUUCUGUCUUUCUUUAGCCCAAAGGCCUGGUGGCAGUGUCUCUGGAGAUCUGCCUGCAGCAGUAUUCAGGCAGUGACCCCGAACAUCUUCUCAAGAAUAAAUAUAUUGUAUUUUCCUUGA